GAGCGAUAUAUCAGAUGAGGGCGGUCGUUUUUCCCAGGCGAGAGCGUUUCAGUCUCUAUCACCUGCACUUUUAUCUUCACUUCCUCCGUCUCCGUUUCCCUUUUCUCCCCUUUAGCCCACCUUCCCAACACCAUGCACUCCAUUCUCCAUCUCCAUCUCCCUUUCACGAGCCUACGCGCCGCUGUUCCUCCUACCACCACCGUCACCGUUGCCUUCGCUCACCAGCUCCUUUGUCUUCCCUUGUCCCGCGCAGGCCAGAGAUUCCUCCCUUUAUCCGUCAUUUCUUGGCCUCGUCGUUCCUCCUCUAUUGCCGCAAGUGGGACCUUGAUGGCUAAUUCCGUACCGCCGAAAAAUGGAGUUUAUACAGUUGGUGAUUUUAUGACAAGGAAAGAGGAUUUGCGUGUGGUAAAACCAACAACAACUGUGGAUGAAGCCUUGCAAACUCUGGUGGAACACAGAAUUACGGGUUUUCCUGUGAUUGAUGAUGAUUGGAAGCUGGUUGGUCUUGUGUCAGAUUAUGACUUGUUAGCAUUGGACUCUGUAUCAGGUGGUGGAAGAACUGAUAACAGCAUGUUUCCAGAGGUUGACAGCACUUGGAAAACUUUUAAUGAGGUACAAAAGUUACUCAGCAAAACUAAUGGGAAGGUUGUUGGGGACUUAAUGACACCGGCCCCAGUUGUUGUCCGCGAAACCACUAAUCUUGAGGAUGCUGCAAGAUUGUUGCUGGAGACAAAAUAUCGUAGACUUCCAGUUGUUGAUUCUGAGGGCAAGCUGGUUGGACUAAUCACAAGAGGAAAUGUUGUAAGAGCUGCACUUCAGAUAAAACAUGCCACUGAAGGGACAGCGUAAUAUCCAAAUGUUCUGCGAGGAGUUGGAGUAGUGAAAUGGCAAGCUGGAUCAAUUUGUUUCCAUGAACUCGUUCAAGUUCAGCAAAGAAGAGGUUGGAAGGAGCUUGGCUACGUGCAAUUAGGGCUUAUGCUGUACCUCAUUUUUGCUGUUCCUACUACACUGUUAAGCUACAAAUAAUUGCCCGGCUUAGGGACCAAUAAUUUUUGUUGAUCCCUCCAUUUUACCACUAGUCCUCCCUCAUUAAUUGUCCGAUAAAAGGGAAGGGACAAAAAGUGAAAAAGAAAAAAAACUGAUGUAGAUAUAUCGUUAGAGAUAGUUCUCGAUCUUAUGGAGCACAUUAUUCUAUUUAGAAUGGAGGCUUCUUUUGUGGAUUUAUGAUGUUGAAGAAUUGGCUUAGUAUGCCUGGGUUGUCCUUGCUUCGUCAUUGAAUUUGGGUAGUUGUAAGUACUUAAAUUGCAAGAGCUGACUUAUCUUUAUCCUCUAA